AUGAAGACAUUUCUUAAGGAUUACAGAAAGGCCGUAGAUAUGGAUUCACAGCACACACCUGGAAAGAUAAGUAUCUCUGAAGGAUCCUUCCUUUCAAGAACAAAGGCUGUUGAGAAUAUAGACUACCCACACUAUCAUGCUCUCUUACGAAAACUGAACAUGCCUUUUGUGAAAGGAGUUGAGGACAGACAUGACUGUGGCAGAAUGGAAGAGAAAUGCAGCCCUACUUUUCUUAAAUUUCACCCUUAUCCCCCUUCAGUCCUGCCAGACUAUCAUUUACACUAUCCUUAUCCCCCACCAUAUGGGCCAGAUUAUCCAUUAUUUCCACUUCAUGAUGAUGUACCCUUAGCUGACCCCUGUUCAGGGUUUGUGAGUCCUGGUGGUGAUGCUGACUUAAAGCCUGGCAUUGGCAGAACCAUACCAAGCUUGGUAGAUUUCAGUGAUGCGAAACCUCAACAUCGAGUUCCCAGGCCAGACACAGGAUUUCAGACGACAUUAAAAAGGAAAAAAAUGUUAUUAGAAGAACUAAGACAGGACAGGAGAUGGAAUUCCAGGGCAGUACCAGACAUUUCCAUCAGAGCAAGACUUGGAGAACAGGAGCUGAAGAGAGGCAACCCCUGCAUAAAUAACUCCACCACAUUCCUGGAGGCAGAAUUUGAUGAACACUCACUGACUGCUGCACCUUUUGGUUUCUCUGUAAGAACUCCCAGAGGGUGUCACAAGCCUGGCCCAGAAGUGGUGAGAAACUUCCAGAAGAAAGCCACGGGCGGUGUUCCUGAUGAUGGAGAACCACUUUUACAAUCAAACAAGAAAUAUAAUGCAAAAGACUCGUUUUACAAGUCCUCUACACAAAAUGUGAGUCCAAGUUCCAGAAGCAAAUGCAUUCCUCUCUAUACGGGUUGCGUGCACUCUACAAACGCUGAUGACGUUGACACCCCCCGCGGAGACAUCACGUCUCUCGCCAAGCCUCGCAGCUCUGAAAUUCUUUAUACGAGCUCAAGUUGCUCUGCCAAUAUCCCAGGAUACACUGGCAAGGUUCAUUUCACAGCCACCCAUCCAGCAAAUUCUGCUCAUCCAUCAACGACCCCCUUGCCAGAUUCAGAAGUGCACCACAUCGUAUGGAGAGAAACAGCAGUCGACCUCUUCCGUCACCAGGGGCCACUGUCUAGAAUGGUCACAACUGUGAAACCCUACAACCCCUUCAAUAAGAAGGAAAAGGAAACUGUAGGCUACUGA